AUGAAUGUUCGCAUAGAUCCUCAAUUAAUCAAAAUCAGGAUGAAUAGCAUCGAGGAGCCCCGCUUGACAGAUGUCCAUCGCGCCAAGCUGCGCCAAAGCAAGAGAGUGAGGGAUCUGGUCUCCCAUCCUGAGGUUCGGGCAACUAUAGAGGGUAUCCUUAGUCGGCCUGGAGACCGCCAACGAGAGGCUGCCCUGGCAGAUGCCAUGCGCCGUGAAAGCUUCCGGCAGCUCUACGAGCUACUCGUUAACAUUGCGGAGAUCGCAGACAAGGACACGGGUAAAGAUUGA